AUGUCGAAUGAGGAAAACAAGAAGAGUAAAUCAAGCUCUCAUCCUGCAAAACGACCCAAGAUGAUUAACAAUAGCCCUGGUCCAAAGAUCUAUACUUCAAGCAUAGCUGACUACAAGUGGAUGGUUCGUUGUCUCACGAGCACCUUUGGACGCUCAUCUGGUGAAACCAGUCUUGGUGUUCCGACACAGCCUCAGACUACCAAUCCUCAGCCUAAUGACGCUUUUAUCCCUCCAGGCUCAUCGGGACAUACCAGUCUUCGUGUUCCUCCGACGCAGCCAAUAAGGCUAAAUGACGCUCCUAUUCCUCCAGGCUCAUCCGGACAAACCCGUCUCCUUCGUCCGAGACAGGCUAAUGUUAGGAAUCCUCGGUCAAUGGGGCUAUAUGACUCUCUGCCUAGUCGGUCCCUUCCGUAUCCAUUCCCACCGGGUUCGGUGUGGCCUCGCACCUCAGCGGCUGGAACAUCCAACGCUCAAGCGUCCUCGCCACGGCCUUCUUUGCCGUCGUCUCCAGUGCCCCCGUCGGUUCCGGAAAUGUUGCCGACGUCACCCGCACCUCAAUGGUCGCCACCAUCGGCACCGUUGGUUUCAGCAAGGUUGCCGGGGUAUCCAACUUCUUCGCCGUCGGCCGCUCCGGUGCUGCCGUCUCCUCCUCAAGAGCAAGGGGAAAGAGAACCUAUGUUCGAUGAUAUUGAAAACUUUCUGAACGAAGACGUUGAUUAUAAUUACGUUGCGUGUUCUUCACUUCCCAGUGUAACAGGAAACAGUAACGGGGAGCAGCAACGGGAGACACCACCGGUUCUGACGAACCAACCGUCGGGAAGUCUAAACUUGCCCGAUCCUCAGAAUGGUUUAACGACGCCACCCUCCUCACAACAUGGCUCCAAUUCUCUGUAUGAGAACGUUGCACCACAGGUUCUGACGAACCAACCGUUGGGAAGUCUAAACUUGCCCGAUCCUCAGAAUGGUUUCACGAUGCCAGCCUCAGAACAUGGCUCUAAUUCUCUGUAUGAGAACGUUGCACCACAGGUUCAUGCAACGUUACCCUCGGGCAUUGCACCACCCGUUCAUGCAACGUUACCAUUUGUGAAUAAUUUAUCAGCUUGGUCCACUUCUCAGAAUGGUUUAGAAUCCAGCAAUGUACCACCAUCUGUUGCACCGUCCGGGCCUGAUCAAUCGAAUGAUCAACAAGGGGGACCAUCUUUAGGUUGGCCUUAUCCUCAGAAUGGUUUACAACAAGGGACUGUUCCGUCGAAUGUACCUUCUGGUAGUUCAUAUAUGUCCAAUUAUUACAGCACUGAAGAAAAGCAGAUUUACCUUGCACAGAUAGGUUUUGGAGCUGUACCGUCAUGGCGUACAGACUGGAACAGUUAUCCAAGAACCCUUCUCCGAUCUACAAACAACCCAUCAUCUUCAUCAACUCCAGCAAAUUUGCCACCCGGUGAUCUUCAAGGGUAG